GGGAGCUUGGCUCAGUUGGAAGAGCGCAGGUCUCAUACUAUAUUGUAUCUGUAUGACCCGGCUGAAAACGCCAGGAUAUCCUGAGGUCGUGAGUUCGAGCCUCACAGUUCCCAUUUUGGUUCUUAGAUAUAUGGUUCCAUCAAUUCCCCCGCUUUUUGGGUUCGUGUCCGGUUGGUUCUAUUCUGCACACAUAGGGAUAGACUGCGCAGAUAUUUUGCCGGCGGAAAGGCAUCUUGCAGCUGCGUCAUCAAUCCGUCCAUGAGUCGAAGCACGGCGCUUGGAAGCUUGCUCAGGGGUUCGGAUACGAGGAGCCUAGGAGGGACAUGACUCGAAUUUCGGGUUAAAACUUGAAGACAACAACUCAUCAG